AUGUCUCAUCAAGUGUGCGCUAUCAGCCCUCCCCAUCCUCCGACACGCUUUGUCGCAGACGAUAUCCACUGUUUGGCGGUCUCGUAUAUGGGGUGGUGGAGGGGUUCGAGCGCCCAUGGUCCCAUUGCGGUUCUCGUGGUACUGCCCGUCUCGCUUUCCUGCCAAGCCAUGCGUGUUGUAAUUCAACGCGUUAAAAGUGCCUCCGUUCAUGUUGACGGUCAGCUGAUCAGCGAAAUUGGCCGCGGGUUGAUGGUCUUGGUGGGCAUAUCGCGGGACGAUGGGGAGAAAGAUGUGGCCUACAUGGCGCGCAAAAUCGUGAAUUUGCGGCUAUUUGAGGAUGAAGAGAAGCAUCGACGUUGGGACAGGAGUGUUAAGGACAUUGGUGGAGAAAUUCUCUGUGUUUCCCAGACACCUUUCAUCGAGGUGUUGAACGUAUUUCUACUUAACGAAGAUGUAAAACUGUCAGUGUGUGGUAAUGGGAUUCUCAUCCUUAGUAUGACAUUUGAAUGGUGUCAGCUCGUCAAAUCCAGCGAUGUGUCUGUUGGUGACGAUUCUAGUCGUGGCGGUUUUCUAGCCCCUAGGACAGCAGCCAUUCCUGUGAAUAACAUUCAUCCACCGCCCAAAACUCGGGAUCAGCUUAAAAAGGGAAGCCUUUCUAGAGGAAAGUUCACUCUCUACUCCCUGCUGAAGGGAAACAAACUGGACUUCCACUUAGCAAUGAGCCCCGAUCCCUCAAUGGCCCUUUACGAGUCUUUCUUGUCAAAGGUCCGCUCUGAGUACAAGGCUCCUGACAAGGUCAAAGGUGGACAGCUUUUAACCCUCUUUUACCCUCAAACGGCAUUCUAUUACGCGCACCAUCGAAGAGCCUUUUAG